GUCUUAGCAAAGGUUAAAUUCAAGUGAAGAUAUUACUGACUAAGCAAUGGCAGAAAUUGAAUCCAUACCAUCGAUCAAAGCACAGGAUUCAGACCAGAUUGUAGACAGUAUUAUACAGCUUGCUAGAAAAGAGCAAAAAAGAGGAAAUAAAUCGAUUACCCAAGAGAAACUUGAUAACCUUUCUAGAUACGUUUUACAACAAAAGAGUAGAAAAGAACUGGCAAGAAAACUGUACUAUCAAAGUAGUAAAACAUCUAGCAAAAGUGAGAGUGUAAAAUCAAGUUCAUAUCAAACGCCGCCGUUCAUCAAGGAAUUACCACCACCUCAAUAUUCGCCACUUUUCUCUAAAUUUAACCCAAGACAAUCACCAACAAGACAAACUCCGCAAUAUUCAGGUAUUCCAAGAACAUACAAUCGAUCAUCUAGUUCACAGAGAAAGAAGAAUCAAUCAAAUAAAAAACUUACAUUCAAAUCAAUUGAACGAAUUGUCAUUGAAGUACUUGAAACUUUGGCUAAUAUUCUUGACAACUUGCAUCUUUUCUCCAAACUUCCAAUGUUUCCUAAACCAUUAUUAAGGAUUUUAAAGCAAACCAACAAACUUUGGGUACUUAUUCUAAUAUUUUUAAUAAGAAAAACCAUAUCACAACUUUUAAAUGUGAUAAGAAAGGAAAAGAAAGUGGCAGCUGAAUUAUCUAUUGUUAAGAAAAAUGGCUCUAAAUUAUUAGAAUUUGAAGAUGAACUCGAACAAUCAAGUACAAGCCAGGGACAACCACAAAACAUAUUCAAAAAGUAUGAGAAAGUUAUGAAAGACUUGAAAUUUGAUAAAACUAUGCUUAUAAUUGAAUUAAUUGGUAACUUUUUGGACUUAUCAUUUAAUACUAUAGAACUUUAUGGAAUUGAUUUACCUGACUGGUUUAUGGGUGGAUUAAAUGCUGCUAGUAUGUUUAUGACCAUCUACAGAAUGAAUAAAGAUGAUGAGUACAUUGAUGAUGAUAUAACCGAGGAUCUUAUAUAGUGUGAAUUAACAACUGUAUAU